CCUCGCACAGCCCAGCGCCGAAACUGAUCCACACAUUGAUCUGUAACAGUGUGUCACGGUGUCACUGUUUUACCGGGGAACGAGUAAGACACUCACAUUUAACAUUUAGUUUCACUACAGCCACCGGCAAUGACACGUUACAUUUAUAACUGAAAGGCGGAAUAACUGCGAACAUGACGGUGGAUUUUGAGGAAUGUAUUAAGGAUUCACCCCGAUUCAGGGCGAACAUUGAUGAAGUCGAGACAGAUGUUGUAGAAAUCGAAGCCAAGCUUGAUAAGUUGGUAAAGCUAUGCAGCGGCAUGAUCGAAGCGGGCCGCGCUUAUGCCCACGCUAACAAGCUUUUUGUCAACGGGAUACGAGACCUGUCGCACCACUGCAAGAAAGAGGAGAUGAUCUCGGAAUGUCUUGAGAAGUGUGGAGAGAGCCUUCAGGAAAUAGUCAACUAUCACAUGAUCUUGUUUGACCAGGCCCAAAGGUCCGUAAAGCAACAGUUGCACAAUUUCGUAAAGGAGGAUGUUCGAAAAUUCAAAGAGACCAAGAAGCAGUUUGAUAAGGUGCGUGAGGAUAUGGAGAUCGCCCAGGUGAAGAACGCACAGGCGCCACGAAACAAACCGCACGAGGUGGAGGAAGCCACAAGCGCCCUGAUCUCCACCCGGAAAUGCUUCAGACACCUCGCGCUUGACUAUGUUUUACAGAUCAACGUGCUUCAGGCCAAAAAGAAAUUUGAAAUCCUAGACUCGAUGUUGUCCUUCAUGCAGGCCCAGUACAGUCUGUUUCAGCAGGGCUUUAACCUCCUGGAUGAGAUUGAUCCCUACAUGAAGAAGCUAGCAGCUGAGUUGGAUCAGCUGGUUAUAGAUUCAGCUAUGGAGAAAAGAGAGAUGGAGCACAAACAUGCCACUAUUCAACAAAGGACUUUGAUGCAAGAUUUUGCCUAUGAUGACUCAAAAGUGGAAUUCAACGUGGAUGCACCCAAUGGUGUGGUGAUGGAGGGAUAUCUGUUUAAGAGGGCGAGCAAUGCUUUCAAAACAUGGAACAGGCGAUGGUUUUCAAUACAGAACAGUCAACUAGUCUAUCAGAAGAGAUUAAAAGAUGCCUUGACCGUGGUUGUAGAAGACCUAAGACUUUGUUCCGUGAAACCAUGUGAGGACAUCGAGAGAAGGUUUUGUUUCGAAGUCGUAUCCCCUACAAAGAGCUGUAUGCUGCAGGCCGAAUCAGAGCAUCUUCGUCAGGCGUGGAUCCAGGCGGUUCAGGCGAGCAUUGCUUCUGCCUACAGGGAAAUUUCUGAAAACUACUACACAGAGCAUUUGGAUAGGACGGCAUCUCCCUCCACUAGCAGUAUAGACUCUGCGAGCGAGCCGCGGGAGCGUGUUGUUAGAGGAGACAGCAUACUACAGCGAGUCCAGUCUUUGCCGGGAAAUGAAAUCUGUUGUGACUGUGGACAGGCCGACCCACGCUGGGCCAGCAUUAACCUGGGGAUUCUGCUUUGUAUUGAAUGCUCUGGCAUUCACAGGAGUUUAGGUGUGCACUGUUCGAAGGUUCGAUCUUUAACACUCGACACAUGGGAGCCUGAGCUUGUAAAGCUAAUGUGUGAACUUGGCAACACGGUUAUCAACCAAAUUUAUGAAGGCUCAUGUGAGGAGCAGGGACUAAAAAAACCCAGUCCAAACAGCUCAAGGCAAGAAAAGGAAGCGUGGAUCAAAGCUAAAUACGUGGAGAGGAAGUUUCUGAAGAAGAUGUGUGGCUCGGAGGCUCUGGUGGAGGGCAGCCGAAAAUCACAUCACUGGAGCGUGAAAAAGUGCAGGAGAAACAACAGCUCCAUUAGAGCACCGAAAGCCCGUCGGAGAUACAGACACGACGCCACUGUUUUGUCUCCAGGAAAUCUUUCUGCUGCUGCCGCAGCUGCUAAGUUUCAGAGAGAAUCGCUGUUUUGUCCCGAUGAGCUCGAUUCGCUCUUUUCUUACUUUGACACCGGCUCCGGACCCCGAAGCCCUGCAGGUCUCAGCAGUGACAGUGGGUUGGGCGGCAGUACUGACGGCAGCACGGACAUCUUGGUAUUUGGAUCGGUGGUGGACAGCGUUACUGAAGAGGAGUGUGAGGACUCUGAUGAGUCCAGUGGAGAGGUGGACAUCGAGCAGGAAGCAUCAGAUUUAGAGGACGGGCGGGAGCUCGACCCCAACGCUCUGCUGUAUAAGUCAUCACGGGCCAGGAAUCUACCGGUCAUGGCCGAGGCGCUCGCACAUGCAGCGGAAGUUAACUCAGUUAAUGAAGAAGAAGACGGCAAGAGCGCAUUAAUACAGGCGGUCACAGGGGGCUCUCUAAUAGCAUGUGAGUUCCUCUUGCAAAAUGGAGCAGAUGUCAAUCAAAGAGACAUUCGCGGGCGUGGACCCCUCCACCAUGCCACGUGCCUGGGUCACACAGGACAGGUGUGUUUGUUCUUGAAGCGAGGAGCUUCUCAGAUGGAGGUUGAUGAUGAUGGGCAGGACCCUCUUAGUAUCGCUGUUCAGGCAGCCAAUGCAGAUAUAGUCACAUUAUUACGAUUAGCACGGAUGAACGAAGAGAUGCGGGAGUCAGACGGGCCCUUCGGACAGCCAGGUCAAUACCCAAGCAGCAGUUCCACAGAGCAGCAGUACAAAAAGUGUAUUCAGGAGUUUAUCUGCCUCACGAUUGACGAAUGCUAGGGGGCGCUCUUGAGCGGUCAAAGACUGAAAAACCUAUCAAAUGUGUAGCGAUUAACAGAAAUAGCUUCAAUAUCCCCCCAUUAAGACGGAUUAGUUUACACGUUGUGUUCGUAUAUAUGUUGAUAACACAAAAUAAUGAAAUGCCUGUUUAGUGACAGUAUAAGGAUUUAUGUGACGUUAAUCGCAAUGUAAUAAUGAAUUUAAUAGAAUGGCUUCAUUUCAUAGGACUGAGGUAAAGUUCAUUUGGUACGAAUUCGUUAUUAAAAAAAUAGGAUUUCGUAGUGUUAUUAAGUCUUAAUAUGACCGCACACUUUUCCUACCGGCAGUAUUUUUUUAUAUGCCUUAUGUUGUUUGUUGUAAUUUUUUAUUUAUGUUCCCUCCUGAGGAUUAGUGCAAUGAAAACUGGAAUACGGAAAAACUGUAUCCAUGUACAUUUAUCUCAUUUAGUAACAGAAGGCAUUUAAGUUAGACUAACUAGACUUUUUCUCAUCUUUCGCAUUUGAACAACACUUAAAGACUGAACACGACUCAUCAUACGCUAAUGAAACGGGUGUUUUUGCGACCCCUUUAAAGUUUGAGAGAUGUCAGAGCUAUUCCAAAUUAUUUCUAAAACUAUAGCAAUUGUCUGUUUUAUAUGUUUGUACUUGUAUUGCCAAGCUCCCAAAUGAGUGUAAUGUGGUUUUUAUUGAACUUGUUUGUCUAUAUGGGUCUCUACUGGCCCUCUGUAGAAGCAGUCAGUACAUGCAUGCGUUUACUAGCUCGCGUAACAAGGCCAAGUGCCUGAUUUUGUCAUUAUGUGGAAAUGCAUGACCGCAGUCUGCUUUGUAUUUGAAAAAAAAUUUCCCACAAUUGUUUUAAAUGACACCAGUUUUAAGACUGGCAGCUUGAAAUUCAACUUAAAGUAUUAACCGCAGGCAUUCGAGGGGCGGAUAUGGGAGUGUAGUUUCAAGCUAGACGCUGGGUACAACGUCAACAUAUAAACAGAUUUGUUUGAGUAAUAGAAGAUAGAAGGCAAAAAAUUAUCUUACAUUUACAGACCAGUUCGGUGAAAACAAAUUGGAAAUAGCUUUGAAAUUGUAUUUACAAUUUAUCAAGUUCAGUCCAGCGGAUAAAAUUUAGUUUUUAAUAUUUAAAAAAAUCGAUCUAGAGAAUAAAUUGCUGACAUGGCUGUUGACAGUAUUGUAAAAUACUCUUUGAGGGAUCAGUUCAGUCAUUGUGCUUUGUGUUUUAAACAAAACGUGGAUUUUAAUCUUCCUAAAGGUGAAGUGUGUCAUUUCUUUGCGUCAAGUGGCACCAAAUCAAACUGCAAAAGUUAUUCCUUUUCUUCUUUCUGCUAUUGGUUCACUCAAUAGAGAGUCCCACCUCAAAUUGACAUAAUUGGUAAACUGAUGUUGCCAUCAGGCUGGGGUGCGUUUCCCAAAAGCAUCAUUAUUCAACUAUGGUCGCAAAUUUCGUCGUUAUCGAAUUCGGGCGUUUCCCGAAACCUUCGUUCCAAUGUACAUUCGCAAACUGCAUUGCAAACUCUCGAGGUGUGCUUACAAGCAUAGUUCUGUGUUAGUAUAACAUGUAGACUUAUACAGAUGACGCUCUUGGGUAAAAUAAGUACGCAACAUGCAGUACAUUGUGUCAUCAUUCCAAAAUAAUUUCCGAUUUAUGUCUUUUAAUUGGUUAAGAGGAUUAAAGCGGUGCUUUCAAAUAGUGUGUAUGUGCAUACGUGCUGUAAUACGCCAGUGUGAAACCCAGAGUGACCGAGUGCGAUGAACGUAACUUGCAUUUAAAUUAAAUUUGGGAAAUAAAGCAAAACAAUGGCUAACAAAUAUAGGACAAAAAUUGUAAUUAAAUGACAUUAAUUAGCAGACAUUAUUACCAAUCGGACGAUGAAUGUACGAAAAAUUUAUGCUGCGUACACACCAAAGGCGAAGCAUCGCUAACCUCACUCUAGAUUACUCGCGCUAUUUAACUUUCUGUCAUGCGAAUUUUUCACUUGAGUUGAAUCUAUUCAACUUGCGCAAAUAGUGAGGUGUUUUCGCUGCAAUCGCGUAACUCAAAUUGCGCCAUUCGCAACGCCCAACACGAGUUUGCGUCUGUCUUUGCUUUGAUGUUGUUUGUAUCUACUCACGCAAAUCGUUGAAUUCCUGUUUGGUGUGUAUGCCCCUUUUUAGUUUUUUUUUAUUCGGGAAACAUUCGUGAUUAGCUAAUUGGUUCCUAUGCAUUGUACUGUGGUGGUGGUUGAUCUGCGGAUUAUAGCAUAGUACAGGAAACGCACCCCUGGUUGGGAUGCUCCAACAGACAGAGACUGAUCACACUUUCCACGGAAAUCUGUAGCUAUUAAUACUUUUGUAAUAGUUCAGUUUAAAAACUUUAGUUGUUUCUGCAUAUCAAUCAGAGAUAUGGGAGAAAGUAUUAACCUUGCAAAUAAACACACACUUCAUCUUUAACUGCUGUGCUGUGAAUAUGCUUUGACCUUAACUGUAUUUCGGCUACUUGCUCUCUCUCUCUUUCUCUCUCUUUUGUUCGAACCUUUUGCUUUUUCAAUGCUUGUUCAACUCCUUUGGUACAAUCUGUUUUCACACUGUUUAAUGAUGUUAUGUGUUCGAAGACAUUCCUGUAUUGUUUGUACAUUUGUUUGUUACUGUUAAUAUGACAGAAAUCUUUAAAAAGAAACUUUUGUCUUUUGAAACACUGGCAAACAAUAAAACAAGCAAAAUCUUGUGCUCAUGA